UGCCCACAACGUUUGGCGGAUCGCUUGCUUGACGAAAUUCCCAUGCUUCAUUGAUUUUCGUUGCACUUGCGGAGAUCGAAUUUCGUCGAGCACAGCGCAGGCAAUAAAGAAGGAGAAGAAAAGAAGAAGAAGAAGAAGAAGGAAUAAGGAAAGAGCGAGAGAGAUGGUGAUCCUUUUGGUGGCCACUACCACCGACCCUGCGUCCAUCAAUCCCGCCAAUGCCCUCUUGGCCAUGCCCGGCUGGACCCCUGGUCCCUCCCUUCAGGGUAUAAAAAGUUUCGCCAAUCAACAAGUGAGGCUGCUGCAACAUGACAAAGGCAUCUUGGAAGAAGAACAUCUCGACGUGCGUUGGGAAGAAGCCACCGGCGAGGUGGUGGACGAGAUCAUCUUCUUCAGCAAGCGCACUCGCGUCACCAGUCGCCCUUCUCUCACUGUCCACCCAGCUUGUAAUUUUGUUCUGCUUUUCGUUUUCGAGUUUCGAAGCUGGCGGACGUUAAAUUUUUGCGUUUGGGAGAGAUAGUUCUGUGAUCUUGACUUCUCUUGGUGUGUGCGCGUGUGGUGUUGUUGUAGACGGACCUCAAAGCGAAGUUCCAAUGCAACGACGAGGGAAGCCGACGUGGGUUCCGCCGCCGCAUCCAAGAGUAGUGCCCUGGCUGGAAUUGUUGAACAAGAUUGCUCAGUCCUAUAAUUUGGUUCCUGAGUUUGAGAUUAUCGCGACGGGCACUGAUCAUAAACCGGAGACCAACACGCUGGCAAUGUUUGUGACGAUUGGGAGUACCGAAGAAUACUGGAUGAGGCUGGAUGCUGCUAAAGUCAUUGCUCAAUUGGUUUGGGAAGGUCUUGGGCUUGGGGGAGAGCCUGCAGUUGGUAGCUGGAGCAGGGCUGUGGCUAAGAAAAAAGUCUUGCUUGGGAUAGGUGACGGACAUUACGCGACUUGGCAUAUGUACAUUGUCCAAUAAGACGUCUUUUAACUUUUUAAUCCUCCUUAAUGCUAUAAGUCUUUUCGUGUGGUUGAUAUCCAAUGCUACCUGUUCUGAUUAGAGAUAUAGACAGAAGAAAGAUAAGAUCUUUUCAAGUUGGAACAUCCCAAGCUUAUUAGGUGCUCUUGAGGUGUUCGAAGUUACAUAGCAUUUUCACGAUAAUUUCAGGAACGAUCCCUGGGGAGCAUACGUUAAUACGACAGUGCCUGCAGAGUUGCCUUUCCCCAGUGGCGACAUUGGUGGGGCAUCUUGAUCAUAAGAGUUUCAAGAGCUGGCAGAAAAAAAUGCUAUCACGGCAUUCUUAGCUGACCAGAACAUCGAAGCCGGCAAGCCAAAUGACUUAUUUUAAUUAUAGAUAUUCGAAUCAUUGAAUUAUUUAGAGUACAGAGAUGUUAGCUCCAGAAGCUGUCACUGGAUGCUGAACUAACCAGGGUGACUUAUGUAAGGGUUGAAGAUAGGACUCACUCAUGGUAUUCAUGAGCCAUCAGUGAUUUUAAGGACAAGACGGAACUCGCAUUUAUGAACUCUUAACAAGUUCUCGUGAUCGAAGUGAUGGACUAACGAGGAGAAAGGAAAAAUGACAACAAUGGUUCUUGAAUUCUGGCCCAUUGUACAAUUUCAUUCCCAAACUUUUAAUUUGUUAUUACUAAAUGAGUAAUAUAGUCCGUAGAUUAGACGAAAGUGUUUAAUGUCGUCCUUCCGUUGAUUCAAGUCAAUGAGAGAAGGACAAUGAA